ACCGAUCCAGAUGCUCCAGUGGAAAUCGCAAACAAUCCCUAUCAAAAAGAAGAGCGGAAAUGUUUGCUAUGUCGCACCGGAAUAGAACUAGAUUAUAAAAAUGCUCGUUUGUUGCAGCAAUUCGUGUCAACAUUCUCUGGGCGAGUAUAUGAUCGGCACAUCACGGGUCUUUGUGAUCAUCAGCAGGAGAAGCUAGUUCGAACUAUAGCACUUUCACGAAAAGCUGGCUACAUGCCCAUAUUUGUAAAAGAUCCUAAAUAUACUCGUGAUCCUAAGCUGUUUGAUCCCUUAAGACCCAUCCGUCCUCAUUCCUUCGCCUAA